CCAUUCACACACAUUGGAUCACUUGAGCUCCAUUUGACAGGACGCGCAGCCUAACCAGCGCACACAGCCUGGUACCCUUUACAUCAUUUUGCAGCACUUUGGCAAAAGGAGCCGCAUUCACGGAGCAGAUGCUGCGCGCCAGAGGUGAUCAUCAUCCCCGCCGCAUCAGCAGCGUGUCCAUACCAACAUCAGCAUCCCCAUUUUGGCGCCAUCAGCAGCGUUUUGGGGAGGUUUCGCUGUUAAGAACGCUCAGGCUGAGUGUGUAAAUCACAUCAGGAUGCAUCAAGUGAUCCAGUAAAGCAUGAGGACAGUGAGACAUAAGCUGUGAGGGACAAGAUGGACCACCAGCAUCGUCAUAACCUGAAAGUUCUUCACUGAAACUGCUGCAGUUUAGCAAUGACCAAAGACCUUCUUCUACUUCUUAUUCUCCUCUUUUUGGAGCUGAAUGUUGUUUCCUUGGCCGAGGACGACCUGAGAAGAGCAUGGCCUCGUUCCUCGGACCCGGAGAGCCGAAUUCCCGAUGGCGAUGUAGCUUUUAGAGAGAAUGGACAACCUCACAAACCAAUGCUGAGAUCCAAUGAGCAGUCGGCACUCCUGCCUGAGCUCUCAGAGUCGUCUGAUGAUCCACAGAGGGUGCAUUCUCGCCCCAAGAGAAGCUGGCUGUGGAACCAAUUCUUUGUCAUCGAGGAGUAUCGAGGCCCUGAACCCGUGCUAAUUGGACGGCUGCACACGGACAUGGACAGAGGGGAUGGACACACCAAGUACACGCUGGAGGGUGAGGGGGUGGGCUCUGUGUUUGUCAUUGACAGCAACACGGGCAACAUCCACGUAACCAAAUCUCUGGACCGCGAGGAGAAGGACCAGUACCGUCUCAUCGCCACGGCCACAGAUCGCCUGACGGGCCGGGCACUGGAGCCGUCCUCUGAAUUCAUCAUCAGAGUGCAGGACAUCAAUGACAACCCUCCCAUUUUCCCCAGCGAGCCCUACAUCGCCACCGUGCCCGAGAUGGCUCAUAUCGGCACGUCCAUCAUCCAAGUGACAGCCAGAGAUGCCGAUGAUCCCGCAUAUGGAAACAGCGCCGAGCUGGUCUACACCAUCAUUGAAGGACACAACUAUUUCUCCGUGGACCCUCAGACAGGCAUCCUGAGGACCGCCAUGCCCAACAUGGACCGUGAGGCUCAGGAGGAAUACUUGGUGGUGCUCCAGGCCAAAGACAUGGGUGGACACCUGGGUGGCUUGUCUGGGACCACCACCGUGACUGUGAGACUGAGCGAUGUCAAUGACAACCCGCCUCACUUCAGACGCAGUGCGUGGUCCUUCUCCGUGUCAGAGCUGGCAGCUCCGGGGGUGGAGGUGGGCCGCCUCACUGCUACAGAUGCCGACGUGGGGGAGAAUGCACUGCUGGAGUUCAGCAUCCUGGACGUCGAGGAGGCCCAAAUCUUUAACGUCAGCUCCAAGGAACGGGAGGCCAUCAUUGUGCUGAACAAACUGCUAGAUUAUGAGACUCGUAAUUCCUACUCUUUCACGGUGGAGGUGGUCAACCCGCUGGUGGACCCCCGCUACCUGAAGAAAGGACCCCUUAAGAACCAGGCGAUGGUGCGUGUGAUGGUCCUUAACGCCGAUGAGCCGCCCCGCUUCUCCCAGGCUUGGUACCAUCUGGAUGUGUCGGAAAAUUGUCCCCCCAUCUGCUCUGUGGGUCGAGUGCACGCCGUGGACCCUGACACGGGCCAGAGCGGCAACAUCAGGUACUCCAUCGAUCCUCAGUCGGACCCAGAGGCUCUGUUCCGCAUCGCCUCUGACACAGGAUUCAUCAGUGCAGUGAUGGAGCUGGACCGCGAGCGGGAGCAGUGGCACAACAUUACUGUCAUGGCCACGCAAAGAGACAACCCCAAUCUGGUGUCGAGGGUGGUGGUUGCCGUGGAGACGCUGGACCAGAAUGACAACGCGCCUGAGCUGGACAGAGAUUAUGCAACAUCUGUGUGCGACUCCAGUGCCCCGGGACAGGUCGUUCAGGUUCUCCGAGCUGUCGACCGGGACCCAGGAGGCCAGGACAGCCCAGUUCACUUCAGCAUCCCCCCAGAGUCCAGCUCUGCCCUCAAUGUCUCCAUCAGGGAGAGCGGAGGUGUGACAGCCAGCCUGGUGCUCAGGUCGGCCUUGGAGCCACUCCCCGGAUACUCCUCGUCUAUGGUCACCCUCUAUGUGCCAGUGGUGCUGCGUGACGGAGCCUCAGGCCUCACCAACACGGGCACGGUCACGGUGACCAUUUGUCCGUGUCUGCGGGGGGGCAUGCGGACAGAAGCCAAAGCACGGGAACGGCGUUGGGAACGACUGGCGGUGUGUCGCCCGGCACCCUCCACCUCAUCCUCACUGGUCUUCAGCCUGGUCACCUUGAUGGCCUUGCUGGCCUGCGUCUCCACUCUUCUGGUGGUGUGUGCGCUCUCGCUGUCGCUGCGCCAUCAGAAGCAAGACAUCCACUCGGCCUUGGAGGAGGAUGACGUCAGGGAGAACAUCAUCUCCUAUGACGACGAGGGGGGAGGGGAGGCGGACACAGCGGCCUUUGACAUAGCGGCGCUGCAGAGCAUGCACAGAAUGCAACACGUGCACGCGAGCAGGAACAUAUGGUACACACAACAGACAGCGCCGCGGUCCAGAACGUACAGCAUGAGUCGCAACCUGUACCCGUGCCCGGAUCCUCAGCUGCGGCAGCAUCGGCCUGGUUCAGCGCCGCUCUAUGGGCGCCUCUGCUACAGUAUCCAUACGCUGCCCGUGCUCAGGGACGAUCUCGCCGGGCCACUGGAGGCCGGCGUGCAGCUUGGUCAGCACACCGUAGGUCCUUUCAACAGUGCCCAGGACACCUCGGAGCCGGUGCGUCAGCACCCUCCAGAGACGGGUGCCGGUACUUUGGCGGCGAUGCACAAGCUGAGCAGAUCGCCGGUCAGGAGUCUAGCCUGCGGUGAAAUUAAUGUGGCCCAGAACCAGGCUAAGAUAAAGCCAACAGAGGUCCAGUCCAUGCUGCUUGGUGGUCCCACCAGUCUGACUUGUUCUGAGCCAACCUGUUCUUCCUGCCAAAGUCCAAGCAGCUCAACUGUGAACCAGACCCUGAUCAGCACCAGCGCCACCAGCUGCACCAUUGAUGACAUGGACACCGACUCCUCACUCCCGUCCGUUUCCGAGCAAAGUUUCCCAAACGGGGCUGAGAGCGCUCCUGCCAGGGUUCCUGCAUACCCGCCAACGGACACUUACAGCAUUGUGGGCUCGUUGAACGGAAGCGCCCGCGGUGAGCUUGGAGUGAGCGGCUCACAACUGCUCAACAACAUGCGGUCCCCUUCGUCCAGACCGUUCCCCGGGGCGGCCUUUGGCCUCAACACGGGUUGGAGUGCAGGAGCCGGGUCUGUGAGGACCUCACAACCCUUACGCAUAGAGGACCUGCUCAGUUUCCGCCUGGGUCAGGUGACCUUGGAUCCGUUGCAGCCACCCUACGACUCGUUGCAGACUUACGAGUUUGAGGGCCGCAACUCCCGGGCCGAGUCGCUGAGCUCGCUGGGGAGUGACGAGGGCGGGAAGGAUGAGGACGGAAAGGACGAGGGCGGGAAAGUGGCUGGGGGGGUGGACGAGUUAAAUGUGUUCAAGUUCAAGCGACUGCUGGAGCUCAUCAGGGACAGGAAGAGCAGAAAGGAGCAGGAGAAGGAGGCAGAUGAUUCUCCUCCAAGGACCACCUGGGACCAAGGGAAGGAGGUGCAGAGGUGGGACUUUUAG